AGGUCGGGGCGGGUUGUGGGGCAAAGAUCUAUGAUCUUCGGUCGGUUGUGGGUGAAAGAGAGAGAUCGCUGGGCGACUAGAGCGACGGACGUGCAGGCAGCGCGGCACAAGCACUAACAUUGCCUGGCUCUGCUCUGCACUGCUCGCUCACGCAGCAACGGGCGCGCCACACCCCGAGCUCGCUCCGAACUUUCAACGGGAUGGAAUUUCGAGCCGUUUGAACCGUUCCGAACGCGAUGCCGUUGGGCUGGUAGGGGAGGGGAAGAGGGGGAGCGCGCCCGCCCGCCCGGCACCUCCUGCGCAGUUGCCGCCGGCCCGGCCCGGGGCAGGCGGCGGGGCCGACAGACGGACAGACGGACGGAGCGAGUUAGCCAGGAGAGGAAGCAGUGGCCGGCAACAUCUGACUGGCGUGGCGCAACUGCUGGAAGUUGCCCGUUGCUUUUUUUUUCUCUCUUUUGAAUCAUGAAGAAAUUCUCGCGUAUAUCGAAACCCGAGGGAGCGGGAUAUGUCGGUGCUGGAGGAGGGGGCGGCGGCGGCGGCUCGUCGGCGGGCAGCGCUGGCAACUAUGUGGGCAGGGUGUUCAGCGUGGGACGUUACCAGGUGACCGUGGAGGAGCUGAUCGCAGAGGGUGGAUUCUCGAUAGUGUUCUUAGUUCGAACUCACAACAGUGUUCGUUGUGCCCUGAAGCGCAUGUAUGUUAAUGAUGUACAUGAUUUGAAUAUCUGCAAAAGAGAAGUUACUAUAAUGAAAGAGCUAUCGGGCCAUAAAAAUAUUGUAGGUUAUUUGGAUUGUGGAAUUGCGUCAGUCAGUGAUAAUGUCUGGGAAGUGCUGAUUUUAAUGGAAUAUUGCCGAGCGGGUCAAGUUGUGAACCAAAUGAAUAAGAGGCUGCAAACAGGUUUUACUGAAACAGAAAUUCUGCGAAUUUUCUGUGAUACCUGUGAAGCGGUAGCAAGGCUGCAUCAGUGCAAAACCCCAAUCAUACACAGGGAUCUAAAGGUUGAAAAUAUUUUGUUAAACAAUGAUGGAAACUUUGUUCUGUGUGACUUUGGAAGUGCAACUCAUAAAAUCCUCAAUCCUCAAGUACAUGGUGUGAAUACCACAGAGGAUGAAAUAAAAAGAUACACAACAUUAUCGUAUAGAGCACCUGAAAUGAUUAAUCUUUAUGGAGGGAACUCGAUCACAACAAAGGCUGAUAUAUGGGCUCUUGGGUGCUUGCUCUACAAACUUUGUUUCUUCACUCUACCCUUUGGAGAGAGUCAAGUUGCAAUCUGUGAUGGGAAUUUUACAGUGCCAGACACCUCUAAAUAUUCUCAGAAAUUGCACUGUUUAAUACGCUAUAUGCUUGAACCAUGCCCAGACAAGAGACCUGACAUUUAUCAAGUUUCAGAUUUUGCUUUUAAAUUGACUGGAAAAAUAUGUCCCCUGCCAAAUAUAAAUAAUGUUUCUAUCCCUGCAGUACUUCCUGAACCUAUGACUGCCAGUGAGGCAGCUGCCAAGAAGAGUCAAACAAAAGCUAGAUUAAGUGAGGCAGUAGGGCCAACGGAGACAUCAAUAGCACCAAGGCGAAGACCAAAAGCUAACAGUAAUGCUGUAAAUGCAAGUGUUUUACCAAUUCAGAGCUCAGUAACUCCAUUGAAAAAAUCAAUUCCAAAUGACGCUGGAAAUCUUGGGCAAAAAGCUGUUUUGCAAGCUGGAAAUGGACAUUUAAUUCAUAUGGCUCAGGGGACUAGUCAACAGCAGCAUAGAGUUCUACAGCAGAUACAAGAGGGAGACUUGAAGCAUCAUCAUCGACAGUUGCAGCAACAACAGCAACAGAUACCUAAUGAGGCCCAAAAGUAUCAACAGGCUUUGCAGUCGUCAAUACAUCAGCAGCAGUUACAACAGCAAUUAAUGAUUCAGCCAUUGUAUUAUCAACAACAAUCGCCUCAACACUCUAUGGUACAGCAGUACCAACAGGCGUUUGUGCAAUCUCAGGUUGCUGUGCAUCAGAACCCACAUUUUCAGCCGUUAACACAUGAAUGUCAAGCCGCUUUAAGAGCUUUUGGUUCUCCAACCUCUCCAACCUCCCAUCAAACCAUUGGCCAUCAUAGAAUUCAGAAUGAUGUCUCAUAUGCUAUGGUUACUGGAACAAACACAGUGCAUCUUGCUGGAGUAAUGAUGGAAACUUUUAACAACUCAGUUAGGCCAACCUGUUUAGAUUUAGAUGAAGCUUCCACAUUUUUUCCACAAAAUAUAAGUAACCCCCCCGACAUGUCUGGAUGGAAUCCAUUUGGAGAAGACAAUUUCUCAAAAUUAACCGAGGAAGAGUUACUUGAUCGGGAAUUUGAUCAACUCAGAUCAUGCAAACCAGAACAGAGGAGAACAUCCAUGGAGAGCGAGACUGAACAGCAUUCCAUUCAACAAACUCCAAUUAAGGAAGACUUGUUUGGAUGUGUUCCGUUUGUUUCGCAAACAGAAUCAAAUGCAAGAAGUGAAGAAAAUGCAGAAAAUUCAAAUGCCAUUUCAGACAGUGCAUUUAUAGCUAAUAAACAAGGACAUAUUCUUCAACUCAGUGACCAGAGCAAAGAAAAGAACAAUGACCCAAAUAUUAUCUUGCAAAGCAAAAGAAAUGGAGAAGACUCUGAUAGUGAUUUUGAGUCUGACCCACCUACUUCACAAAGCAGUGAAGAGGAAGAACAAGAGGAGUUCCACGAUGAACAUGGAGAGUUCGAUGAUGUAGAAGCAGAAACCUUUGGGCAGAGGCCUUUGUUAAUGGAAUCUGAUGAAGAUGAAGAAGUGGGUGAAGAAGAAAAGCAUAGCUCUGAUUCUGACCAGAGUAAAGAAAAAUUGUCUAUAACAGGACAAGGUUCAGAAUACAAUGCUGAUGGUGAAAGUAUUGCAAGUAUAGAGUCGGCAACAGCCCUCAUCACCCCUCCAGAUUCCCCUCGAAUCAAAGAAGUCAAAACAACUCAAGAAGAAGUAGAUAUGUUUGGUGCUGUGCCAUUUGUUGGUUUGCAACAGUAUUUGCAACUUGACAAAAGAAUGGAGAAUAAGGAUAGUUUUCAAAAGGCACCUUUCAAAACAAUUACUCUUAAAGAGCAGGAAGAUUUUGAUGUAUUUAGUAAUGCACCUUUUGCCAGAAAAUUAUCUCAUCCUGUUUACUUUGUUGAGGGUACUCUGACACAAACACCACCUAUUUCGCCUAAUGAUGUGGAUAUGUUUGGCUCCACUCCAUUCCAGCCACCUCAUCCAGCUCAGCAUAGAGAGGAAAGCAAAGAAGAUGCAUUUGGACACGUACCUUUUGGGGAGGUCACAAGUCAGCAACACAAAUUAAAACAGCGCAGUUUACAAAAACUUUCUUCUAGGCAACGUCGCACCAAACAGGAAUCUUCUGGUGGAAAUGGAAAACGUCAUCAUGGCACACCUACAACUGCACGAAAACCUUCCAAACCUAACUAUAGAACUCCAGAGCGAGUGCGCAGGCACAAAAAAGUAGGUAGGCGUGAUUCACAAAGCAGCAAUGAACUUUUGAAUAUAUCGGAUUCUAAAGAGAAUAUUAGUGUGGCACUUUCAGAUGGAAAGGAACAAUGCCAUUUGUUGCCUACUGAUGAAAGUCUGCUUGACCCAUUUGGUGCCAAGCCAUUCUACCCACAAGAUCUUGCCAGAAACUCUCAGUACCAAGGUCUAAGUGAUCGAGGAGACCACAAUCCUGUUGCUAACAGAUCCAGACCAAGUUCCAUACAUGGGGGAUUUCAUGCUGGAGAUGGGCUAAAAACUGAUGAUUUUGGUGCUGUGCCUUUUACUGAACUAGUUUUACACAGUGUUGCACACCAACAUGGUGAUUUUGAUCCAUUUGGUGCAGCACCAUUUCCUUCCAAACAAUAGUCUUCCAACAGAAAAUAUAUCUGGUUUGAUAACUUUCCACCAAAAGGCCUUAUGAGCAGGGCUUCUUCCCAAUGCUACUUAUUACCUCUGAGCCAUUGUAGAGGGGAAAAUCCCAGCUGACACUCACUCUCAAAAAUAAUCUGUGGACAUCGACUGUGUACAAUCCAUUCCAUCCUUUCACGUUUUAAAGGAUUUAUAACUUCCUACUGCAAUUCCUAAUUAUUUUAACUUGAAAACAUUUCAUGAAAAUCAAUAAUAAAAAUGUGAGCUUGCAGAACUAAAAAAGGCUAACAUUUGAAAUCUUCAAACAAUGGACCCAAUCAUAUAGACUGCAUUUUGCUUUUGCUGAGGUAGAUUCAGUGACUUCCUUUGUAAAUUAUGCUGAAUAAUCCUCAGACUAGCAAAGUAUCAUGCCAUAUGUUUUGCUGUUUGUAAUGGUGAAUAUAAUAUGCAGCCACGGUUAAACCAACAAUUUUAUAUGCUUAAAACUGGAGUUUAAAUGACCCUGUAUUAAGUCUGCCAAGUUUUAAUGCUUUUGCAUUAAAAAGCCAGGUUGCUUUUGUGUGAAUGGAAAUCAAACAUCAAGUUCAUAGUCUUUUUACUGCUGCAAUACAGUUAGUGCACUUUUCAGACUUGAAUGUGAGCGAGUCUUUUUUUGUAUUAAGUUUAAAAUUUGUUAAAUCUAUCAUUUAUAUUUAGUGGCCUUUCCACUGUUUAACACAUGGGGAGCUUGCUCAUUUACUUUUUACAUUGCAAAUUGUAUUGUUAAAUGAAAAUUUAACAAUUGGACUAGAUUGCCACACUCCUUUUAUUCAUUGAUACCUGCAAUAAAUUCCACUUGAAAUUA